AAACGUUUUCCUAGAAAAAAGCGAGGUAAGGCCUUUAGAUUUCUUUAUAUAAGAAGUCGUCUUUCCGGUAAACUAGAUCAGUACUUACUUCUGCUCUAGGUUAUUUAUAGCAGACGCUAGCAAGAGAAUGGCGAGUAGUGGGGAGGUAACUCUUGCCUAUAUGGGUACACAUGAGGUACUGGAAUGUCUUGAGGGGCAAAGUGAAAUAGAUUUACAAAGAGGUUAUAAAAGUUGUAAAAAAAAUCCUGACCAUAAAGGGUUUAUACCUGCUAACAAAUUUAGCAUUGAGGACCUACCUGAUGGGUACCAGAAACAGGAUAUAUAUGAUCUUGUCAAAACUCAAAUUGACAUAACCGUUAGGAUAGCCGUUAACUUCACAAGCCCAGACAGACCAGCGUUUCUACCAGGCACUAAAAAUCCAUAUCCUUGCUACAAGACCAGGGGACAAAAAGCAUUGCACAUUGGGACUGGGAGGGUGUGGCGUGAUUUGAGAAGCAAAUUCCCGGAUCGCUGUCCAUGUCCAGAAUGUGAACAACCGGGCACGCCCAGAAAAGAUCUCUGGAGAUUCGCAGUGCUGACAGCCAAACACGUGGUGUUUGAUUUAAGCGAGGCGCGACAAACCAGCUGUAGGUUGUGGUUUGAUGAAGAUAAAAGUCCAAAAGUGUUUCUCUACGGGUGGGACGUUGAUGGGGGUAACCCACAGGAAGAUUGGUGCAGGUUGUAUUGUGUGACACAUGACGUAAAGGUGGCUGAGAAAUUGGACAUGAUGCGAGAGAAGUUUGACGAGUUAUGCCAGAGAAUAAGAGAGGCACGCUUUAACCACUCGUAUAAAGAUAAAGAAAAAGAACUUGUGGACAAACUGACCAUCAUAGUGUCUCAUCCCCAUGGCUGCCCGAAGCAGGUCUCUAUAGGAACAUGGGUAGACAAGGAGAUUGAUGAGGCGGUUACUUUUUUAGAGUCAGUGGCUACCUAUAGGUUUACCUACACUACAUGUACCUGCCCAGCCAGCAGUGGGGCUUUUGUGUAUAGACUUGGAAACCAUUUGUUAUCUCAGCACGUCCACAGCGGAUCUAGGUCCAAGGAGUUAAAUUUUAGUGGGGUAGAGGUGGCUGAAGCGUACAAUUUUCUUAAAUAAGUAGCCAUAGCUCUAUUUGGUGGGGACUAGUACAACUCGACGUUUUCACCACAACAACAUAAACACAACAACAUCAACACAACAACAUCAACACAACAACAUAAAUAUAACAACAUCAACACAACAACAUAAAUAUAAUAACAUCAACACAACAACAUAAACACAACAACAUUAACAUAACACUCACACAAACACAGCAACGUAACUACAACAUAACUACAACAUUAACACAACAGCGAGACCAACCCAACCAAUUCACCACAACAUUGCUACACCGACCCUACCAAGUCUAUAUUAUUUCAACAACCAAGCGCUAAUUUCACACAUUCACUCAACAAUUUCACACAUUCACUCAACAAUUUCACACAUUCACUCAACAAUUUCACUCAUUCACUCAACAAUUUCACACAUUCACUCAGCAAUUUCACUCAUUCACUCAACAAUUUCACACAUUCACUCAACAAUUUCACACAUUCACUCAACAAUUUCACACAUUCACUCAACAAUUUCACACAUUCACUCAACAAUUUCACUCAUUCACUCAACAAUUUCACACAUUCACUCAACAAUUUCACACAUUCACUCAACAAUUUCACACAUUCACUCAACAAUUUCACACAUUCACUCAACAAUUUCACUCAUUCACUCAAC